AUAUAAAUGCUAGUCUCAACACUUGCAAUAAAACGGUUCUUACGUAAUGGAACAGCCACCGUAUACGGAGGAUGACUUAAACGCCUCCACCGCCUCACUGGAAUCGGCCAUGAAACACGACACAAAAGGAGGCGGCGGAACUCGGCAUCCAGUAUACCGUGGCGUUCGUAAACGACGGUGGGGCAAAUGGGUGUCGGAGAUUAGAGAGCCCCGCAAGAAGUCACGCAUUUGGUUAGGCUCAUUCCCGGUGCCGGAAAUGGCCGCUAAAGCUUACGACGUAGCGGCGUUUUGUUUGAGAGGACGUAAAGCUCAGCUGAACUUCCCCGACGAAGUAGACGAUUUACCCAUACCGUUGACGUCCACUGCUCGUGACAUCCAAGCCGCCGCCUCGAAAGCGGCACAUUUAGUAGUAUCUUCGUCGAAGAAAAUUCCAGAAUCAUCCGAAGACGGUAGUGAUGAUUUCUGGGGUGAAAUAGAAUUGCCGGAAUUGAUGAAUAACGGCGGUUGUCAAUGGAAUUCUUGUGGAUGGACUUUCGCCGGCGAUUCAUCGUGGCUUGACGGAGAAACCCAAACACAACAACACUUCCUAGCAUGUCUUUGAUGUGUAGGGAUCCCACUUUGUGUAGUAAAAAACAAAAAAAACCGCCAUUAAUGUUUCAACAACCUCGUGUUCUUUGCUGUUUAUGUACUUAUUACAAAGCAUUAUACCAUAUAUAUGCUUUUAAGUUUUGUGGUUCUUAUGGUACGUCGAUUUAGCAAAGGUAAGCUUAUCAAUUAAUUCA